UUAUGGCCUCAUAACAAUCGUGCUGCGCUAUAUCUAAGCCAUCCCUCUCUCCUGCCCCUUUUCUUUCUUUCUUUUUUCUCUCUCCAAAUCUCUUUCUUUAAAAAAUUUAUUCUGCAAAAUUCUUUGAGUUUCUGGAAAAUUUGUAGAAAUUUAAAUAAUGGGUUCUGAUGCAAUUGUUAAUGGUCGUGUUUGUUCGUCUACUUACAAGAAUUCUUCCAAGAAGAAAAGGGGAAACAAACAUGGGAAAUCGAAACAGAACAAGGUUGAUGUUAAGAGAGAACAACGGCACGUACGAGUCGAAAACGAAUGCAAUGCGGAGAAAAACAAUGAUCGUGGAGAAAAAACGAGUAAUGUGGAAAAAAUAAAGGGCAAUGAGGGUGUGGGUGGAAGAAAACACGAGAAUGAGACACCGAGAACAUAUAAGAACGAAACAGAGUCACGUACUACAAAUGGGUUGAUUGUGAGAAGAUUGGAUGACAAUAAAGACGAGGUUUGUUGGUUAAGUAGUAGUAGUUGUAGUGAUGGAUCAGAUGACAGAUGUUUUGAUGAUUGGGAAGCAGCUGCAGAUGCUUUGACACCUCAAAACGAUACACACACUUCACAAAUUAAUAAAUCUUAUGUUGGUAAUACUCGAGCUUGGACCCUUAAUGAUGUUUAUCGUCCUAGAAGCUUGCCUAGCCUUGGCUAUACUCAACAUCAGUUGAUGUUCAAGUCUUCUAAUUCAGAACGCUGCUUUUCGAGUGCUUGUCCGAUUUGUUGCGAAGAUUUUGAUGUUACAGACUUGAGUUUCCUGCCAUGCCCCUGUGGUUUUCAACUUUGCUUGUUCUGUCACCAAAGGAUACUCGAGGUAGAUUCGCGUUGUCCUGGAUGCAGACACCAGUAUGAUUCUGUCAAGGCAGCUGCUGGUCCGGCUUUAGCAGAUGAGACCACUUAUUCUUGCACCAAGAAUACCAGGAUUUAAGAGCCUUGUUCUUCAGAUCAUGCUCUGUAUAUAAUAUAGGGGUCUGUCAUUGUUUUCACAGUUCCGGAACUAUGUUAUUAGGGAUGAGUUAAGCUGAGGAACUAUGUUGGACCUGUGAAGCUUUCAUUUCUUGAUCAUGUUUGCAUAUAUUGAACAAAUAUCUAUUGACAGUUAAAUUCUUUCUGAGUACUA